UGCGUAUUUAGGCUGCCUGACACCCUGCCGACAGUUUGACCAGCAGAGAAUUUGUCGCAGGUGAAUGCCGCAGGGUCAUCGUUGGCUAACGUAGCCUUUCUCUUUGUUUCUCUCCUUCUCCAGGGCCUUUUUUUAAAACACUGGGGUUACCGGCGUGGUCCAAUUUUUCCUGGAGUGGAGUGCGAAAUUCAGAAGACUGAAGCCCAGGCUGACUGUCUACCUUUCACGGAGGCCGAGCCGUGAGAGGACGGAAGAAGGCACCUGGCGCAUCAUGACAGCGGACAAAGAGAAGGACAAAGAGAAAGAGAAAGACCGGGAUCGAGACAAACGGGACAAGGGACAACGGGAAAGCGAGAACUCGCGGCCCCGCCGGAGCUGCACCCUGGAAGGCGGCGCCAAGAACUACGCCGAGAGCGACCACAGCGAAGACGAGGACAAUGACAACAACAGCGCCACCACCGAGGAGUCCACCAAGAAGAACAAAAAGAAGCCGCCCAAGAAGAAGUCGCGCUACGAGAGGACCGACAAUGGGGAGAUCACCUCGUUCAUCACCGAGGACGAUGUUGUCUACCGGCCGGGAGAUUGCGUGUAUAUUGAGAGCCGUCGGCCGAACACACCCUACUUCAUCUGUAGCAUUCAAGACUUCAAACUGAGCAAGCGGGACCACCUGCUCAUGAACGUCAAGUGGUACUACCGCCAAUCCGAAGUCCCGGAUUCCGUUUACCAACAUUUGGUCCAGGACCGACACAACGAAAACGAUUCUGGGCGGGAGCUGGUUAUCACCGACCCAGUGAUCAAGAACAGAGAGCUUUUCAUUUCAGACUAUGUGGACACUUACCAUGCUGCUGCCCUCAGCGUAGCAAUUAAAGUAUUGAAGCGGGGGAAAUGUAACAUCUCUCAUUUCUCCGACAUCUUUGCUGCUAGGGAGUUCAAAGCCCGAAUGGACUCCUUUUUCUAUAUCCUGGGCUACAAUCCAGAGACCAGGUGA